UCCAACGUGUCACUUUAACGAUCUAAUGGAAAUCCGAUGAUGUCUCAGCUCGUACCUGGAGAGAUCGACGAGGACGACCUAUACGCUUGGAUAGAUGAGAUCCCUUUAUCAAGGCCAAAGCGCAACAUCCAGCGAGAUUUCAGCGAUGCGGUUGCGGCAGCAGAAGUUGUUCGGCAUUUCUUGCCAAAACUAGUAGAUUUACACAAUUACCCUCCGGCAAAUGGAAUGGCCCAAAAGCUUUAUAAUUGGAAAACACUUAAUCAAAAAGUUUUUCGAAAGAUUGGAUACCAUGUUAGCGAGGAACUGAUUCAAAACGUAGCAUCGAAUCGGCCAGGUUGCAUUGAAUACCUAUUACAUGGCCUCAGACAAAAGAUCGAUGCUUAUCUAGCCCGACAGGUCCGGCAGCAUAACUCAGCUAUAAGGUCAACAUCUGCCCUUGACCGGUCGUCAUACAAUGAUAUGACCAAAAUUAGGUCAGGCUCGCACUCGCACGGGUGGCAGGCAUCUGUGAGUCGUGAAGAUUAUGUAUCCCCUCCGAAAUCUCAAGCACCACUGGAUUCAGUCCCACCUGUUACGCACGUAGGGAUGGCAACAGCGAGUAUGCCAAUGAUGAGUGAAGAACAUCCCUCCAACAUGUUUUUGGAACAUAAGAGCAAUCUCUAUGAUGGUCACAAGCACGAUAUGGUGGCAGAACUUCAAGAAACGGUCGAGAUGUUGCAACUCAAAAUAUGCAAGCUCGAGCAAUUGGUAGACCUCAAAGACCGUCGUAUCGAAGAGCUAACUCUCCGACUACGCUCACACGGAUUAGCGUAGCUAAAACAUGCAGAAGUAAUUUUAAAUAUAUAGUGUCAGCAUCUAACCCC